AUGUUUGCCCACCAGCCGCGCCGCCUCUCGUUAAGGGCCUCUGCCUUUGCAGCAGUGCUUUGUCUUGAGUUGCUGAGUCUCCCAGUCGACGCGUUAACGGAAGCCUCAUGGAGGAAUCCUUUUGCUCCCAUCGAUCCUCAAGUCUGGGUCAAUCCUGAUGACAUGACCUGGGAUGACUUCAAAGCGCCACCUGGUACUCAAUGGAACGACGUGACAAAGAAAGGCUCAAGCCGCAACUUCAACAUCGCUUUGAUCGCGGUAGAUUAUAGCGACGAGACUUUUGUUGUCACCAGAGAGCCCAAUUCGACUGUAUUUGGCAACCCACUACCGAUAGUAUCUGGACUUGCUAGAGGAGACGUACCUGCGUACUAUCGCGAUCUGCUGAACAAGCCUACCGACCUCAACAAUGGGCAUACAAUGCACGAGUAUUGGAUGGAAGAUUCUCACGGUCGGUAUGGCGUCGAUUUGACAUCAUUUGGGCCGUAUCGCAUGCCUGCUUUGUCGUACCAGUACGGCGUCGACGAUGACUUCAAUCCCGGAGCAUGCCCUGGGAGCAGCAGUUGUAGCCGCGAUAUCCGAACAGAUGCUUAUGCAGCCUGGCGAGCAGAGGUGGGCAACAGCACGAGCAACUCGUUUGAGCUCGUAUUUAUCCUCUCGGCUGGGCAGGAUGAAUCCUCAACAUGGCAAGAGUUUGGCGAGAUGAGAUUCUCGUCGCCGGAGGAUGUUCCUGAUGCAUUUGGACCUCCCAAGAACACCAACGGCUCUUCGUCGCUGCCAAACUAUGCAUCCACUCGAUAUGUUCCCUGGACGUCGUGGGCAUCGGCAUCUACCAUUUGGCCCAACGCGGGGGGCGGUUCGUCGACUCAAUGCGAGAGUUCGGGAAUGGGUACCUAUGCUCAUGAGCUUAGCCAUCUGUUGAAUAUUGGCGACAAUUAUAACAACCCGUAUGGCAUUCCUCUACGGCGAGAUUAUACCGGGCCAUACUCGAUGAUGUCUCGGGGAUCGUUCAAUGGCCCUGGUGGCCCUCAUACACGGUACCAAAUACCGGCGCUACAAGGAGGCUCAAUGGGUUCCUUGCAUACGGUUAGAGAUAAGCUUGUCCUAGGACUCAUCUCCAACGACACUAUUGUUCGCAUAUCGAGAGACGCCUUGGCAGAAUCAGGCCCGGUGGUGGCACAAAUCACCGCUCGAUCAGUCGUAUCUGACCUCAUUGGCCUGAGGGUCGAUAUGAACCGAGAUCUAUCUCCUGCAUGUAACGUUUCUACCGACGUGCUCUGCGAUGGAGGCGGCUAUAACACUUAUGAUGUCGAAGUUAUUGACAGGAUGGGAGCCGAUUCAUUCCAACCUGACUCGGGUGUUAUGAUAAGCAAGACGAGAAAUAGCAAUACUCAGCCAUUCCAGUGGACUGUCGAUGCGAAUCCCCAGGAUAUCAAGCUCGUUGAUUUCAUCCGGCCCAAUGGCACAGCGGCCAUGAUUACGAUGGGCGACUAUCGCCAACUAGCGGAUGCGUUAUUCCACGCGGGCACCGGAUCUGGCAGCAAAUACGAGUUUGUGGACGAGGCCAACGGUCUUCACUUUUACAUAUUGGACAUCCACAGGGACCAAGCCGGCGUGCUCUCCUAUACCGUGGGCGCGAGAUCUCUCGCCGACGCUAGCUCAAGCGAAUACGGGAUUCGGAUGACUUCCGGCGCACCACUUGCGCAUGAGAAGACGAAGAGCAGUCCCAUCACGGGGGGGAUUCUUUGUGAGUUCGAGCUCACCAAUAACGGCACAUAUUCCGGUUCCAGCAAAGGCCAUGCUCAGGUUCGAUCAGAGCACCUUGAGUGGGAUAUUUUUCGUCUGAAAGCUGAUAUCAAGGGUGCUGGUUGGAAGGCGGCUUUGCCAAAUGCUGUGAUUGCAUUGAGACACGGGCAAGCAGCAAAGGCCUACGUGGCGGUGCGAGCGGAUAUUCACGCGAAGGAUGCUGUCGGGGUGGUAAAACUGACGGCUACGUCGGAGUCGGACCCAACGGUGAGGGCAACGUCGUUUUGCAUAAUCGACAAGCACCGUGUAGUUGAGCGGCUCGUAUUAAAUUGA